AUGGUGUUUAAAAACGGCAUCAUCUAUCUAUCUAUCUUUUCAGAUCUAUCUAUGUAUCUAUCUAUCUAUCUAUCUAUCUAUUUAUCCUUUCAUAUCUAUCUAUCUUUUCAUAUCUAUCUAUCACUCUAUCUGUCUAUCGCAAUUUGUGCAUUAUCUAUCUAUGUAUUUGCUCAUACCUAUCUAUCUAUCUAUCGCAAUUUUCUGUUCCUAUCUAUCUAUCUAUCUAUCUAUCUAUGCAUGCAUACUUAUUUAGGUCAGACGUGCUACUCUGUUCAUCUAUCUAUCUAUCUAUCUAUCUAUCUAUCUAUCAUCUCAUCUAUUUCUAUCUAUCUAUCUAUCUAUCUAUCUAUCUAUCUAUCUAUCUAUCUAUCUCAUCUGUUCAUAUCUAUGUAUCUAUCUAUCUGUCUAAAUUUAUUCGUUGUCUAUCUCAAUUCGUUCAAUAUCUAUUUAUCUAUCCCAAUUUGUUCAUUUUGUAUAUCUAUCUAUCUAUCUAUCUAUCUUGAUAUCUAUCUAUCUCAUCUGUUCUAUCUAUCUAUCUCUAUCUGUCUAAAUUUAUUCGUUGUCUAUCUCAAUUCGUUCAAUAUCUAUUUAUCUAUCUAUCUCAUUUUGUAUAUCUAUCUAUCUAUCUAUCUAUCUAUCUAUCUAUCUAUCUCAGUCUGUUCAUAUCUAUGUAUCUAUCUAUCUCUAUCUAUCUAUCUAUCUAUCUAUCUAUCUCAGUCUGUUCCCAUAUCUAUGUAUCUAUCUAUCUGUCUAAAUUUAUUCGUUGUCUAUCUCAAUUCGUUCAAUAUCUAUUUAUCUAUCGCAAUUUGUUCAUUUUGUAUAUCUAUCUAUCUAUCUAUCUAUCUAUCUAUCUAUCUAUCUCAGUCUGUUCAUAUCUAUGUAUCUAUCUAUCUGUCUAAAUUUAUUCGUUGUCUAUCUCAAUUCGUUCAAUAUCUAUUUAUCUAUCGCAAUUUGUUCAUUUUGUAUAUCUAUCUAUCUAUCUUGAUAUCUUUCUCUGUCUGUUCAUAUUCAUCUAUCUAUCUAUCUAUCUUGAUAUCUAUCUAUCUAUCUAUCUUUGUUCAUCAUCUACCUCAAUUCUUUCAUUAUCUAUCGAAAUUUGUUCCUACCUAUCUCUAUUCGUUCAUUAUUUAUCUAUUUUUUUAUCGCAAUUUGUUCAUUUUCUAUCUAUCUAUCUAUCUAUCUAUCUAUCUAUCUAUCUAUCUAUCUCAGUCUGUUCAUAUCUAUGUAUCUAUCUAUCUGUCUAAAUUUAUUCGUUGUCUAUCUCAAUUCCUAUCUAUCUAUCUUGAUAUCUUUCUCUGUCUGUUCAUAUCUAUCUAUCUAUCUAUCUAUCUUGAUAUCUAUCUAUCUAUCUAUCUUUGUUCAUCAUCUACCUCAAUUCUUUCAUUAUCUAUCGAAAUUUGUUCCUUACCUAUCUCUAUUCGUUCAUUAUUUAUCUAUUUUUUUAUCGCAAUUUGUUCAUUUUCUAUCUAUCUAUCUAUCUAUCUAUCUAUCUAUCUAUCUAUCAAAACCAAUUCCCUUUACUAUUUCAUUCUCAAUGCGAAAUGA